UGCUGCGAUCCGCUCUCGUCGGAGCCGCAGCAGAAGCAAACCGGCACCGAAAUGGCCCCUCGCGGUCGCCGCGGAUUGAGAAGAUGAGAAGAGGCGGUCGCCUCUCCGCCUUCUGUUCUCUCCCUCUCGUACGUCGCAUCUUCUCCCAAUCGAUCAUGAAUCGUGUGCUGCGAUCCGCUCUCGUUGGCUCUCCCGUUUCUCCCCUCUCGCCGAUGCCCGUCUCCUUCUUCCAUUCCACCCCCCUCUUGGAGCGCCGGAGGAAGAACUACUGGCACCCUCGAUUCAAUUACUGUGUAAAACGGAAGAGAAAGAUGGAAUCUAAAAGGACACAAGUUCGCAACCUCUCGGACUAUGCGGAGUAUCUCUUUCAGAGCUGGCGAGAUGAAGUUGAACAGAAUUCAUCAACUCGUGAAACACCAUGGUUUAGAAGACAUUAUUGGGCCAUGGGAGCAAAGAAGAAUGGUUAUCCUGAUCCACUAUGGGAAUCUAAUAGCAAUAAGAAGAAAAGAGUCUUUGAAUUCUAUCAAAGUGAUGACGAUGAUGACGAUGACGAUGUUGAGACUAUAUUUCAUUCUGCAUUUGGAGGGACACGAUUCUCUUAUUGGUCUUUUCACAGUUCUCAAGAUUCCCAUUGGAGUCAUUCUGGCCACACUUCUCAUAAAAGCAGGAAUUGGACAUAUGAAACAGAUGAUGAAAAUGAUUAUUCUGCUCAACCAGAAUUCACAUCUGAAAGGCUAGCUCUUGGUUUGAGAGCAUUUGGUCCUUUAAACAUAGAAGAAGUCAAAAGAGCAUACAGAACAUGUGCUCUGAAGUGGCAUCCAGAUCGACACCAAGGUUCAUCAAAGGUGAUCCUGGGCCAAGAAUCAUCCAAGAUCAUGUUGAUAUGUGCUCAAGGAUUAGACGGGAUCAGGCAGGGAUGAUUUAACCUAUUCCUAUCUGAUUUUGGCACAUUUUGAUGCUAUCUUGGGUGACAUCAUAUUCUGUUGAACCAUGUUGGUCCCAAUUAUUCCAAGCAAUCUUUGGAGGAUCCUCCAAUUAUCCAGUUCGGCCAAUCUUGUCAAUCCAUUUGAUCCCUAUUUGAGAGUUGAACUCCAAUCCUGAUCUCAAUCUGCUCUUUUUAGCUUUUAUUUGAAAGAGCAACUGAGCAAGUGAAGUCUGAAAUCUGAGAUUGCUUACUGUUGUCUCAUAAUCUCAUCAACGUUCCUUUUUUCACUUUUAUUGAGCUUGUGGAUUUACGGGCUCAAACAGUGCCAUUAGAUGUUACAUUGAACUGGUAAAUGCAAUUGAUAUCAAGAAUAAACUUUGUUGCAAGGCAAAUUGGCUUUAAAACAGGGUUGAUUCUUACCCUGCUCUUGCAGAGCGUUUUUUUUUUCUUUACCUCGUUGACUUUCCAGCACUUGGCAAGCAUCAUCUUAUGGAGAACUAUGUUUUUCAUGAACAGUCGCCCGGGUGGAAUCUCCAAUAGGGUUACAUUUGAGUUUUUGACUCUCGGGAUGAUAUUUCUAUUUUCUUUAACAUGUUUGCAAGUUUUUGCAGCCAUUUUUUCAUGUUUAUAACAUGGUAUUGAAACUUUUCUUCGAUUAAU